AUAAAAUAUAGAUUAAAACACCAUAAGUUCCAGAAGGCUGAAAUUUGCACACAACGUAGCUAAGCCGAUUUUAAAUAUUAAAAUGGACUGCGCAAAAGUCUGUUUAGUUCUCUGCGCCUGUGUGGUGCUCUGUGGAGUGGGAAGAGCUCUGGAACAGGAGCAGCUGGUACCGUUAGCACCACCGGCACCACUUGCUGCUGAUCUUGUGGAUGCUGGCGAGAACUCCCAAGCGGAUGUGGACUUAAAUGUGGAGGGAACGCGCAAGGCGCGUCAGUAUUUUGGACCGCCACCACCGCCAUUCUUUGGACCACCGCCACCACCGUACUACGGCGGUGGAUUUGGUGGCUUCGGUGGUGGAUACGGUGGAUACGGUGGCUACGGCUUUGGUGGUGGAUAUCAGCGUACACGCGUCGUGACACGCACUCGUUAUCGUGGUGGCUUUGGUGGUUUUGGCGGUGGUUAUUACGGAUAAAUGGAUUCCAUUUUGACAUUUACAACAUUUGUGAUAUUUCUCUCCCUCUCGCUUUGUACAUCAAUAAAUGUCUUUAUAUUUUUGCAAA